GGCGGCGAUGGCCCCGCAGUGACGGCCGGAUCUAACGGCGCCACCGCGGAGCGCGCGCGGCCCGCCCGGCCCUGCCCGCGCGCCCACCGGCCCCGCGCAGGAGGCGGCGCCGCCGCCGCGGUGAUGCGGCCGCGGUGAACCCCGGGUGCCUCCGCCGCCCUCCCGCCGCAUCGGGCAGCGCGGCCCCGCCGCCGCCCCGCGCCCGUUCGCGGAUCCUGCCUGCGGCCGCCGCCAUGCCGGGCCGCCGCUGAGGGAGGCGCCGACAGCAGCAGGGGCCCCGCGGCGGGGCGGGUAUGGCUCGCAGGGACCUGCAGUAGCGCCGCCGCCGCUGCCGCCCGGGCCGAGCCGCCGCUCGGAGCGAGGCCUCCCCCGCGGGAGGCGGAGGAGGAGCCGGCGCGGCCCCCUCUGGCAGGGCCGCCGCGGCCUCCGCGCUGCCGCCGCCGCUGCCGCGCGGCUCCAGGUGGCCCCGGACCAAGGUGACACCCGGCCGGCCCCCGCCCCGGGGCCACCUGCCCCCGCGGCCCGCGCAGACCUUCUUCGCACCGCGCAGCCGGCGGCGAGCGAGCGGCGGCGAUGAACCCGGUGAAUGCCACUGCUCUCUACGUGUCCGCGAGCCGCCUGGUGCUCAACUACGACCCGGCGGACCCCCAGUCCUUUUCCGAGAUUAACAAGCUCCUGCCCUACUUCAGGCAGUCCCUCUCCUGCUGCGUGUGCGGAAAUUUGCUACAAGAUCCUAUUGCUCCUACCAACUCCAAUUGUCAGCAUUAUGUCUGCAAAACGUGUAAAGGCAAGAAGAUGAUGAUGAAGCCCUCGUGUAGCUGGUGCAAGGACUACGAGCAGUUUGAGGAGAACAAGCAGCUGAGCAUCCUGGUGAACUGCUACAAGAAGCUGUGCGAGUACAUCACGCAGACGCCGCUGGCCCGGGACAUCAUCCAGGCCGUGGAUUGCUCUGCAGACCUGCUGGCCCUGCUCAAGGAUGGGGCGCCGCUCCACGAGGAGGCUGAGAAGUCCUCGGACGCAGCCCUGGCUCUGUGUCUGACGCAUUCCCCGGUCCCUUCCACCUCGGAGCUGCCGACGGACGCGCCGGGGGGGUUCACGGCGCUGCCUGAGAGCACCCCCGGCCUGGACCUGCGGGGCUCUGUCAUCAACGGGCUGCCCCCCUGCAACGGGCUGUCGGUGGAGAAGCUGGGCGUGAGCAUCCCCUCUCCCGAGCACGCCAGCGCCAUCGACGUGUGCGGCACGGGCGAUUACAUCAAAACAGAGGACAUCCCCGGCGGCCUGCAGCCCGUGUGCGACACCGUGGCCACCAGCGACCUGUGCCCCGCGGGCAUCGACAUCUGUGGCUUCAGCGAGGACAUCAAGCCGGGCGGGUCGCUGCUGCUCAGCGUCGAGGAGGUGCUGCGCAGCCUGGAGACCGUGUCCAGCAGCGAGGUGUGCGACUCCAACCUGCAGCCCGGCUUGGAGGCAAACAUGGCCAACGGCCCCUUCCUGCAGCUCUCCCCCCCUCCCCUCAGCCAUAACAUUUUCAUGUCCGCGGAUGCUUCUCCUCACGGGCUCUCCUGCACGGCAGCCACGCCCAAGGUGGUGAAGCUGAACAGGAAGCGCUCUCGCUCCGAGAGCGACAGCGAGAAGGUUCAGCCUCUGCCCAUCUCCAGCAUCAUCUGCGGCCCGACGCUGGGAGCAUCGGCUCCCGUGACGGUCAAACAGGAAAAUAAAAUGUCUUUGCAGCCUAUUGCGACUGUACCUAAUGGAGGAACUACUCCAAAAAUCAGUAAAACUGUGCUCCUGUCUAACAAAAGCGUGAAAAAGAACUUAGAACACGCCCCUAAGAAAUCCCACCCGAAAGCCAAACCAGGGGUGCUGAAAACAAAAGAUAAGGCAAAGGAGAAAGUUCCCAGCAGUAACGUUAUGCCAGGAAGCCCAACAAAAACUGUGUAUAAAAAGCCACAAGAAAAGAAAGGGUGUAAAUGUGGUCGUGCCACCCAAAAUCCAAGUGUUCUUACAUGCCGUGGCCAACGCUGCCCUUGCUACUCUAACCGCAAAGCCUGCCUUGACUGCAUAUGCCGUGGCUGCCAAAACUCCUACAUGGCUAACGGGGAGAAGAAGCUGGAGGCCUUUGCAGUGCCAGAAAAGGCCUUGGAGCAGACUCGGCUUACUUUGGGCAUUAAUGUGACAAGCAUUGCCGUGCGCAAUGCCAGCACAAGCACCAGUGUAAUCAAUGUGACAGGGUCACCAGUAACGACGUUUUUAGCUGCCAGUACACACGAUGAGAAAAGUUUGGAUGAAGCUAUAGACAUGAGAUAUGACUGUUAAACCUUUCUUUCUUUUCCCUGCCAUCCGUAGGGGAACUGCUACAGGUUUAAGGCAGCUAUGGUUCUGUUUAACUUGCUGGAGCUCCUGCGUUUAGAUCACUUGUAUCAAGUGUUUUUCAUUGCUAUGUUCUGUGUAUUAGUGUCUGGGAAAUAGUUGCAGAUAAUGGAGGAGUUACCCUAAAACUGUUUUUAGUUCUUACAGCACCUCAUAGUUUGAGAUGGAUUGCUGAUGUAAAUGAUUUUAUCACAAGAUCUUUUGACAAGGAAUAUAUUGACCUCAUUGUACUUGCUCAUGCUUUGUGCUCAGUCAAAGCUUCAGCUUCAGUGUAGCAUCCAGAUAGUGCAUCUCAACUGUGCUAAGAUGAUGGUGUAGAGAAAUAAUUAUUUGAUGGGUUACAGUCACCAUGAGCAGGAAAUGACCUGACAUUCCUGUGGGAAAGGCAGCACGAGCUGGGGGAUACACUCCGGAAAGGGUCGGUAGUGGUGAUUGUGAGAAUUGGUUGUGCCCUCUACUGAGCAGCACACAGUUAAAAAGAUUAAUAAAUACACUGAGCUGGCAGGCCAAAAGGCAUCUCGGGCUGCAGGCAAGGCUCAGGAGGGUCGGGUGGAUGCAAAGGUCGAGCUCCAGCUUGGAUCCCCUGUCCUGGUAAUGACAUCAUCAUCCUUGGGGUUUGUCUUCCUGACACUUCAGAGGUCAUGUCCCUGCUCAGUUGCCCCUCUGUGCCAGCCCCCUGUGCGUGACAAGUCACUGAGGGGCUGAGCUGGGGGAGAAC